AUGUUGUCGGGGGAACCUGAAGAUGAGCGAAGGGCUACACCACCACCCCAGCGCCGCCAUGCCGAUCUCGAAUCCGACCAGUCAUCCCCGUCAAUGUCCUGCUUCGGAGUCACUCCCGACGGUGGCCAUGCGCACCAGAUUCCCCACCGCCGCAGGUCUAAAUCUGCCUCCAGGCACCGCUCCCAUACCACAGAAGGCUCGACUAGCCACUUUCUGGCGCGCUUGAUCGCUCAGGAUGAAGAAGUUAGAGAGGUUAACGCCUAUCUAGCUGUGGCCAAUGAACGUGUUGACGCAGAGACGACACGUGCCAACAAUGCUGAACGCAGGGCACUCGAUUAUUUCAGUAAACUUAAAUUAACCACAGAAAGCAAGGAUCGUGCUGAACAGGAGGCAUCACGAUUGCGCGAGGAGCUCAAGCUGUACAAGUUGCAGCUUGAAAAUGCACAGAGAGAAAUCUUUCGGGCUCAGGAUAUUAUUAACCAGGUGUCUUCCCAGCGGUACGAGGCGGAAGCAGAGGCCGCGAGAGCCCGAACGAAGGCUCGGAAACUUCAGGAAGAGAAACUUGUCAUGCAGGCACGCGAGGAAGGCCGUCGACAAGGAUAUCAGGAAGGGUUGAUCAGGGGUCGCAGCUUAGGCUAUUACGAGGGUAGGACGCUAAGAGAGCCUGCAGAAGAAAUAGUUCCUAGCCGGUUCCGCCCCGCCGCACUUUCUCACGAGACCGAUGAAGUAGACCAAGAUAUCGGGCGUGAACCCGACAGGGCUGAUGAACGUCCCGUCCAUGUGCCACAGCGAGAACGUUUGCGCACUUCUGCUCGUACCGAUCGCAUGCGCCCAGGGUCUGCUCCCCCUGUACGUACAUAUGACACCGCGCGACACGCACCUACGUUGCCCAUUCCAACUGUAGUGACACCUAUGCGAGUUCAUUCACCAUCUCACGAGGCACGUUCACCGUCUCCGCAAUCGGAUGCAGACGAACCAGAGACAAUUCGACCCAUUCCAGUUCGCCCGAGUGCGACCGCUCCGCCUCCGGACGGAUGGAUCCCGAGGGCUGACCCUCGUACUGACUUCAUAUCUGUUCCUCCUCCACAUGUUCUUUCCCCUGUCCCUACUUCACCUAGUAUUGCUGCUACAGAUGUGCAAGAAGGCAGAGAGAGGGGUGAACCGCCCCAGAACUCAAACCAAUACCCGCCAAUCCGGUAUCGCGACUACGCAUACCAGCCACCGAUGUACGCUCCAAUUCAACGUCCGCGCACCCCCUCGAUGGCAUCUCGUGCAUCGACCCACGUCUCGCAAUAUGAUCUUGUAUCCGCCCCGGGAAGACGUGCAACUGAGACCCCGUUACGGUACGAAAUAUACGGACGCACAAGGAGCAGCAGUCAGCCGACGACCCGUCCAGCAUUUGUGAGGACAGAUAGACAUAUACAUCCAAGUAGAGAGAAUUAUGUGGAACAGUGGAGGGCUGAUCCGGAAGUCGUAUCCACAGCAACACCGUCAGGGACAGCCUCUCGCUCGUAUGCGGCUCCUCCUGGUCCUCCGAACUACCCUUCAAGUUCGCAAUAUCUACCGUACCAAUCUCGACCACCCACCUACGGUGGCCGCUCGCACACGCCAAUCCCCACUGAGUCAACUGCUCAAGUUCAACCUCCACCUGACGAACGCGAACGAACUAUGAGCCGAGACGAGUUACGCCCGCGGCUUCGACGACGUGAAACGUCGAAAUCAAGCAUCCCGAGUAUCGUUGUCGAGUCACCGGUAGGCUAG